AUGUCGGAAGAAGAGUUUACACCAGGUACUGCUGAAUCUUUUGGGUAUACCGAGGAUGAAACAUUCAUGAUCGAGGACGACGAUGCUGAUGGUGAUGAUGGAUUUGAGAACACUGCAAGACUUAGAGAAGAAGAGCACAAGGAAGCCGAAUAUCAAAUACUCACUUUGGAUGAGAUCAUUAAAGAGCAAAAAACCGAAAUUGAGAAUAUUGUCGGUAUUAUGGGAGUGACUGAUGCUUCUGCAAAGGUUUUAUUAAGAAAAUUCGAAUGGAAUUCUGAGAAGCUUUUAAACACAUUUUUCGAAAGAGGAAAAGAAGGAGUGCUGAAAUAUGCAGGUUUGAGUGAAAACGACAUUCAAGAUGCUGCAUGUAUGACUGUGGAGGGAGACGAGUUUGAAUGUCCACUUUGUUAUGAUGAUGUUCCUGCAGCUGACUGUACCAAGCUACCUGCAUGCUCUCACGCUUUUUGUAAUAACUGUUGGAAAAAUCAUAUCGAAAGCAAGAUCAAUGAAGGCAAGCAACAAAUUCUUUGUCCAGAAGUUGGAUGUGACAGCAUUAUUGAUGAUGAUAUUAUUUCUAAAUUUGUUUCUGGUGAACAAAAGCAAAAAUUUGAAAGAAAGUUUAUUGAAUCAUAUGUCGAAGAUAACAAGUCUGUGAAGUGGUGCCCAUCUACUCCUUGUUGCGGCAGGUGCGCGAGAGUUAAUGUACCGCAUACCACUCCGCUUGAAAUUGAAUGUACUUGCGGCCAAAUGUUUUGUUUUGCAUGCACGAAAUAUCCUCACUUGCCAGCAACUUGCAAUAUGCUUACAGCUUGGCAAAAGAAGUGUAAGGAUGACAGUGAGACCUUCAAUUGGCUAAACUGUAACACCAAAGACUGCCCUAAAUGUGGUACACCUAUUGAGAAGAAUGGAGGAUGUAACCACAUGCACUGUCAGAAAUGUCAACACCAUUGGUGCUGGGUCUGUCGGAAAGCAUUUGAUCACACAACAUAUAGCCACUCUUGCGGGAAGUUUGAGGAAGAUUCAAACAAAGAACAUGCGAGACAAUCUCUUGAAAGAUAUCUUCACUACUACAACAGAUUUAAAGCACAUGAAGACUCUAGAAAUAGAGAGGCUAAAACAAGAGAUACCAUUAAAGAAAAAAUGAGAGAAAUGUUUUCAUUGAGACCAAACUCAGCUUGGAUUGAAGUGCAAUGGGUAGAACAGGCCAUGUUAACUCUAUUCAACUGUAGAAAAGGCCUGCAAUUUUCUUAUGUGUUCAGUUAUUACUUAUUUGACCCUACUGCUAAUUCCAACGCAGAGAUAUUGCAAGGAUGUAAACCUUUGGUAACUGACAAAAUUAGAACAAGUGCAAAGAACGUACUGGAGGACAAUAUCGAGCAGCUAGAAAAUGCCACCGAGAAAUUAUCAAAUUAUUUGGAAAAGCCAGUGAAACAAUUCUUUGAGGAGAACAUCAAGCAAGAUAUUAUUGGAACAAGUGUAUUAUGCGACAAUAGACUUCAAUCUGUGUUCUCAGUAGUAAGAGACGAUUUAAUGAUAUCUGGAGAAUUUGGAUGCCCUCGCCCAAAGUCAACAGUAGCAGCAAAGUGCAGCUCCAUUAAAUCAGGACAGAGUAUGCUUAGUCAAAUUAUCGAACUUGAAGAAAAGAAAUUGCGACACAAAAAAGAGAUUGAAAAACAAGAGCAACUUUUUCGUGACAUGAGCAUGACUGAUGAGGAAUGGGAAUUGCAGAAAGCAAUUUAUGAAUCCAUGAAACAAUAA